AUGUUUGCAUGUGACGACAUUGAUAAAGCUCCAGAGGAGACGAGACAACUCUAUAAAGAAUACCGUUCUCUUAAAGAAGCAAAAGAAAGGAAUGGCACUGGGCAGGGGGAUCACACAAAACCCCCAAAGAGUCAGCCUUCUACAGCUGAAUCUGGAUGCUGGGGGUCUCACCUCAACCGGAAGAGUCUGCCGGCUGCUGUACCAAAACUGUCAUCAGAUGACAAAGAGACGCUGAAAGCUUCAGCUCAGUACUUUGGUAUGAAGUUGAAAAACAAUCUUGGAGCUUUAACCAAGGAGCGAUCUUUUUCUCUGAAGAAAGCAACAACCCCUCGCCGAACACCAGCGAAACCACUGAAGGACGCUCCAGACUCCAGUGCAGCACCGACAGAUGUAGACACUCACACACCAAAGCCAGCUCACACGUGUCCAGACCCCAGCGCUCCUCCUGUACAGACGGCAAGCAAAGAGUUUGAGGACGAGCCAUCAGAUCCCUUUCCAUCCAUAACCCCCUCCAAAUCCUGGUCUCCAGCUGUGGGCUCUGCACACAAGAGCUUGGAGAGGGUCCAGUUUCUGAAGCAGUCCAUGACCAAGAGGUUUUCCUCUGUGGACAGCGACUGGCUUGCACGCUGCCAGGUUUUCGAUGAGGUGGAAGAACCUCAGAAACCUGUUGCUGGGAAUUCAGAGCUGUCACAAAUCGAAAACAGUGUCUUACGACCUACUGUUAAAAGCGAAACUGUGUCAAAUGAGGGUCAGACAUCUCCUAAGGCUUCACUGGAGAAGAAGAAAUCUUCCUUGUCAGAGGAUGGUGCACAGAAAGGUCCAGUAACAUCUUUAGUAAGGAACAAUGUGGUGGAUGCAGAAUUGGGCUCCCCGGGGCCUGAUGGUGAACAGGUAUAUCAAAAAAACACUGCGGCUCUCAUGAGAGAUGACGAGGCCUGUUCAGAGGAGCCUAAAUCUGCUUCAAACGCUAAGAAACGCAAACCCAGGGCUAGAAAAGAUCAAGACUCAGGUGACAGAGCACAGGCCGAAUAUGGCAAAAAAAACAAAGGUCGAAAAAGACAGAGAGAGGGUGAUGAUGAUGACGUGGACGAAUCUGAGGAGCAGGAAGGUGGAGUGAAAAAGAGAAGGAGAACUAAAAAAGGAGAGGCAGCUGGAGAGGAUCAGCCCAAAAAAGGAGGAAAGAGGAAAGGUAAACUCGAGGAGGAGGAGGAUGAUACUGCCAGUUCAGAGAAAAAAACAACCCAGAAACGAGCAAUUCCUCAGGAGAAUUUGCUGGGAGAAGUGGAUGAGGAGGAGGCCAGAGCCGCUGCAUAUACAAUGAAGAACACAGUCAGGGUCAAGCCAACCAAAAACACAGAUGGGAACUUUGUGAAAAUCAAUUUAAAGAAGAAGUCCCAUGUCAAGGGAUUUGCUUUGAGAGGAGCUGUGCUAAGGAAACAGAUGUACAUGCAGAAGUUCCAGCUGAAAGGCGAGCGGUUUGGGGGCGGAAUCGGGAGGGGCAGGGGGCGGUUCGGUGGCUUCAAUCAUCAAGGCGACACCUGCUACAAGUGCGGCGGGACGGGUCACUGGGCACGAGACUGUCGAGGAAGAGCUCCUGUUGUGAGUUCUGCAGAACAGCAGGAAACCCAAGUAGAGGAGGAGGAGUUUGAGCUGCCCACUCUGGAGGAAGUUGCUCGGGCGACAGGAACUCUGCGGUCGGAGCCUAUUGUGGCCCCUCCCUCUGUGGGCGGAGACUCCUCUGAGAAGGAGGAUCAGGGGGCGGAGAUACUGCUCAAUAUCAUCAGACCAGAUUAUGAGCGGCCCACCCCUCCUCCACCUAUGGAGCCCCUCUACAGACCAAAGGAUGAUGGGAAAGUUCAAGAUGUCCCGGCAGAGGUGUACGAAGCACUUCGAGACUUUGGUUACAAGUCCUUCAGGCCUGGUCAGGAGACGGCCAUCAUGAGGAUCCUUUCAGGUCUGUCCACAUUAGUGGUUUUGUCCACUGGUAUGGGCAAAUCUCUGUGCUACCAGCUUCCUGCGUACCUGUACGCCCAGAGGUCAAAGUGCAUCACGCUGGUGGUGUCUCCUCUGGUGUCUCUGAUGGAUGAUCAGCUCUCAGGACUCCCAACGAAGCUGAAAGCCGCCUGCAUCCACUCCAACAUGUCUCGGAAACAGAGAGAAGCGGCUAUUGAGAAGGUGAAGGCCGGUCAGGUGCAUGUCCUGUUGUUGUCUCCUGAAGCUCUGGUUGGCGGAGGUCACUCGGGGGCAGGAUGCCUCCCUCCUGCAGACCAGCUCCCUCCUGUGGCCUUCGCCUGUAUCGACGAGGCUCACUGUGUGUCUGAAUGGUCACACAACUUCCGGCCCUGUUACCUGAGACUGUGCAAGGUGCUCAGGGAUCGGUUGGGUGUGCGCUGUCUGUUGGGUCUCACUGCCACGGCCACUCUGUCCACAGCGCUGGACAUCGGCCGACAUCUGGACAUCAGCGAUCAAGACGGAAUCGCCGUCCGUUCUGCUGCUGUCCCUCACAACCUCCAGUUGUCCGUGUCCAUGGACAGAGACAAAGAGCAGGCUCUGGUGUCUUUGCUGAAGGGCGAACGCUUUGGCGCUCUAGAGUCGGUUAUCAUCUACUGUACCAGGCGAGAGGAGACGUCCCGUAUCGCUGCACUGCUGCGCACCUGCCUGCAGGGGGUGAUGUUGAGAGAGUCCUCCAAACCAGCACCAGAGGAUGAGGACGACAAUCCUGUAGGGAAGAAGAAGAAAGCUCUUGCCAGGAAAAAGAUCCGUAAGCCUCUGAAGUGGAUUGCAGAGGCGUACCACGCCGGGAUGUCUGCUUCAGAGAGGCGGCGAGUGCAGAAUAACUUCAUGUGCGGGGAGCUGCGUGUGGUGGUGGCCACCGUGGCCUUCGGUAUGGGGUUGGACAAGUCAGACGUGCGUGGGAUCAUCCAUUACAACAUGCCCAAAAGUUUCGAGAGCUAUGUGCAGGAGAUUGGCCGAGCAGGACGUGAUGGACACCCAGCACACUGCCACCUGUUUCUAGACCCAGAGGUCUGUCUGGAGACCCUGUUGUGUUACCUGGAGCUUCAUCCUCAGCAGUGGGUGGAGCUUCUUCAUCCGACGCUCUCCAUCUGUAAGCUGCAGUUUUACGGCGGUCCGCAACAACUCCGCAAAAUCACCAAACUGUGUCCUCCAGUCGCUGUGGCUCUGGCGCGCAAACGCAUGGCAGGGGAGCGCGUGGAGUCAUGUGACACUCUGGAGUUUGACGUGGUGGAGCUGGCGGACACUAUGGGCUGGCAGCUUCCUCUGGUGAAGAGAGGAGUGAGACAGCUGCAGUGGGGUUCAGACACAGGUUCAUAUGGAGGCACAGGACGGAGUGGUGUCCAUGUGGAGUUCUCAGCGCUGUCCUUCUAUUUCCGCUCAUAUGGUGACCUGACGGCGGACGAGCUGGACGCGGUUUGUGCAUUUCUGCACGGCAGAGUGAUGGCACAGGAGAGGACUCAGCUGUACCAGCUCAAAACCUGCUUCAAAGCCUUCCGCAGCGUUGCGUACCGUAACUGCAGUCUGUGUAUGGAUGAUCUGGAGGAAAGCAGGAGCCAGGCUCUCAAAGAGCUGCUGCGCCAUUAUUUCGACAAGAGGAGAAACCUGGACCUGAGCAAACACUAUCAGGAGGAAGAGGAGGAGGACGAGGAGGAAGAGCUCAACAGAUGCAAGAUGAGGGACUGGGAGGCUCAGAUCUGUGCGGACAUCAGAGGCUUCCUGUCCAAUCGCAGCGAUGAGAAGUUCUCCGGUCGAGCCGUGGCCAGAAUCUUCCAUGGCAUCGGAAGUCCGUGUUAUCCAGCGCAGACGUACGGACGUGACCGAAGAUACUGGAGGAAAUAUAUUCAGUUUGAUUUCAAUGAGAUCAUUCGUUUAGCUACACAGGAGAUCAUUAGAACGAGUUUAGGUCUGGAGACCCUGUUGUGUUACCUGGAGCUUCAUCCUCAGCAGUGGGUGGAGCUUCUUCAUCCGACGCUCUCCAUCUGUAAGCUGCAGUUUUACGGCGGUCCGCAACAACUCCGCAAAAUCACCAAACUGUGUCCUCCAGUCGCUGUGGCUCUGGCGCGCAAACGCAUGGCAGGGGAGCGCGUGGAGUCAUGUGACACUCUGGAGUUUGACGUGGUGGAGCUGGCGGACACUAUGGGCUGGCAGCUUCCUCUGGUGAAGAGAGGAGUGAGACAGCUGCAGUGGGGUUCAGACACAGGUUCAUAUGGAGGCACAGGACGGAGUGGUGUCCAUGUGGAGUUCUCAGCGCUGUCCUUCUAUUUCCGCUCAUAUGGUGACCUGACGGCGGACGAGCUGGACGCGGUUUGUGCAUUUCUGCACGGCAGAGUGAUGGCACAGGAGAGGACUCAGCUGUACCAGCUCAAAACCUGCUUCAAAGCCUUCCGCAGCGUUGCGUACCGUAACUGCAGUCUGUGUAUGGAUGAUCUGGAGGAAAGCAGGAGCCAGGCUCUCAAAGAGCUGCUGCGCCAUUAUUUCGACAAGAGGAGAAACCUGGACCUGAGCAAACACUAUCAGGAGGAAGAGGAGGAGGACGAGGAGGAAGAGCUCAACAGAUGCAAGAUGAGGGACUGGGAGGCUCAGAUCUGUGCGGACAUCAGAGGCUUCCUGUCCAAUCGCAGCGAUGAGAAGUUCUCCGGUCGAGCCGUGGCCAGAAUCUUCCAUGGCAUCGGAAGUCCGUGUUAUCCAGCGCAGACGUACGGACGUGACCGAAGAUACUGGAGGAAAUAUAUUCAGUUUGAUUUCAAUGAGAUCAUUCGUUUAGCUACACAGGAGAUCAUUAGAACGAGGUAACAUGAUCUCACGAUGCUAGAGUCUGAAUUUAUUUAUUUGUGCUGUUUGUCACUCUUUUAAAUGUUCACAUGUUGUGUUUUAUAACUUUAUACACAAUAAAGACUGUUUUCCAGA